CUUAAACCCGUUGAAUGCCGCGCAGCAGAAUACGCCUCAUCUUUACUUAGUUUCUUUUUUUCCCCUUCUUCCAACCCUGGUCUUUCACGUCGACCCUCCAUAAUCUAAAAACCACACCCCUUACACUCACCCCACCCCACGCUCAAGCCCCACCUCGAGCUCAAAAUGAUUCACUUCCGCCUCGCAACCGCCGCCGACGCCCCGCGCCUGCGCGACCUAAUCGAAACCGCCUUCCGCGCUGCCGACACUCGCGCCGACUGGACCGGCGACCUAGCCCUGGGGGCGCGCUUCCACGUCCAGCUGGACGACAUGCUCGCGCGAAUCGCCAACCCAGACGGCGCCUUCCUCGUUGCCACCACCACCACCACCACCACCACCACCACCAGCGACUCUCAAGACAGCUCGGAAGAGGAACAGAACGAGGAGGUAAUCGCCUGCGUCAACAUCUUCAAAAAGCCCCAAGCCGACCGCGACGCCAUCGCCCGCCUGGCGCUUUUGGCCGUGGAUCAGCGUCAUCAGCAGGGCGGGCUCGGGCGGCGGGUCGUGGCGCAUGCGGAGAAGCGGUGCAGGGAGAUGUGGGGGGUGCAGCGGACGGGGCUGAAUGCGCUGGAUACUCGCGUUGCGUUGAUUAGGUGGUAUGAGCGCUGUGGGUAUGUGCGGACGGGCGAGGUGUCGGUCAUUCCGUUACCACCGGAUGAGUUGAGGCUUGUGGAGUUUGAGAAGGAUUUGGGUGCGGGGCUGGAGUGAGGGUUUGGUGGGAGGUGGAUGGAUGGUUGAUUCGACUAUGUGGGGUUAUUGUAGCGGAACUAUCACGGUGGGCGCGGUGGGCUGACGUGUGCUAGGACUUUCAGGGAGCUUUGAAGGGUACCAGUCGGUCGAAGAAAGAGGGUGUGGUAGUUUCUCUACGAUUGGGUGCUUUGAAGGGGGCCAGUACUGGACGGACGAUACGUUGAAGAUUGUGGACCUUUUCAAGGUCAAGAUGGACAUCUGAAAGCUUGUCUGUACUAAGUCAUGCAUGUUUUGUUGUCAAAGCUUCUGUGAGACUAUCUAACAACGUUUGAUGACUAUUGUGUUUAUGACUACAC